GGCUGUUAUUUUCCAUUUUACGUUAUGAAUUUUAUUCAUUAUAUUUUCAUUUCGAUCUUGUUUUUUAUUUUACCGUCUUGUGAGUCAUAUUUUCCAUCUUAAAUUUUGCGUUUUAUUCAUUAUAUUUUCAUUUUAUGUAUUUUUAUGUUCUUAUAGAGUGCGUGGUAUUAUCCGUCUUAUGUUGCCUUAUAUUUUCACUUUAUAUCUUGAUUUUAAUUGUAUUAUUAAGAGUUAUUUUAAUACAUUCUGUCCGUCUGUCCCAGUUUUCAAGUUCCUUCGGUUUCUCUGUGAACUGCUCGUAAACUGGUUGAUUGUAGUUCCGUCACAUAAACCUCAGUGGAGCGUCACACCCUCAAUUCUUCUGUCUUCACAUGUAAUGUUGACCGAGCUGCAGAGUUGCACAAUGUUCUGUGUUAAUGAACCAAAGCCAGACUGAGACUCACUCAUUCCUCAGCAGUCUGUGUGUUUCUCAGGUGUCGGGUCAGAACUGUACCGUCGGUGAUCAUCGCUGUUCGCUGGUAAAUGUGACGGACCACCGCAACGACACAUCCAGCCUCACUAUGGGUGAGGACCGGGGCAAGUACGACUUCUACGUCGGUCUGGGGUUGGCCGUCAGCUCCAGCAUCUUCAUCGGAGGAAGUUUCAUCCUCAAGAAGAAAGGACUCCUGCGGCUGGCCAGGAAGGGCUCCAUGCGGGCAGGUCAGGGUGGUCAUGCAUAUCUGAAGGAGUGGCUCUGGUGGGCUGGUUUACUAUCAAUGGGAGCGGGUGAAGCAGCCAACUUCGCAGCCUACGCCUUUGCUCCAGCGACCCUGGUGACCCCACUGGGAGCGCUCAGCGUGCUGGUCAGCGCCGUGCUGUCCUCCUACUUCCUGACGGAGCGCUUGAACCUGCACGGGAAGCUGGGCUGUCUGCUCAGCAUCCUGGGCUCCACCACCAUGGUGAUCCACGCUCCUCAGGAGGAGGAGAUCAGCAGCCUGGACCACAUGGCCAAGAAGCUGGUGGACCCGGGGUUUUUCGUCUUCGCCACCCUCGUGAUCAUCGUGGCGCUGAUCUUCAUCUUCGUCGUGGGUCCCCGUCACGGUCAGACCAACAUCCUUGUCUACAUCACCAUCUGCUCAGUGAUCGGCGCCCUGUCGGUGUCCUGCGUCAAAGGGCUGGGCAUCGCCAUCAAGGAGGCGAUCGCCGGUAAGAGCGUGGCGAGGAACCCGCUGGCGUGGAUCCUGCUCCUGGGCCUGGUGGCCUGCGUGAGCACGCAGAUCAACUACCUGAACAAGGCCCUGGACAUAUUCAACACCUCGCUGGUGACGCCCAUCUACUACGUGUUCUUCACCACGUCCGUGCUCACCUGCUCCGCCAUCCUGUUCAAGGAGUGGGGCCACAUGGGCGCCGACGACAUCAUCGGCACACUGAGCGGCUUCCUCACCAUCAUCGUGGGCAUCUUCCUGCU